GUGUGCCUGUGUUGUUGUCUGUGUGCAGUGUGUAAUUUAUACCUCGGGGGCGCAUCAUCCAUCCAUCAUCCAUCAUCGUGGUCGUCGACAUGAGGAUUCGCAAGAACGCCAAGCUCUCCUCCCUCCUCGGCUCCCUCGCCGCCGCCGCCGCCGCCUCGCCGCCGGAGGCCCCCCUCCCUUCCUCCCACGUGUGCCUGCUCAACCAGUCGCCCUGGGACGUGCUCCCCUUCUCCUCCUUCCCCGACGCCCUCCCCCCCUCCGGCUCCUCGUCCCCUCUCCCCCACCAGCUCGACGGAGGAGAGGAUAGCUUCGCCGCCAAUGGCAGCUUCGGCGAUUCCAUCGGAGCCGUCGAGAGCAGCGUGGCCUCGAUGAUGGCGGUGGACGCCGAUGAGAAGACGGUUAUCGUCAACAAGCUCGGAGGCCACGCUUUCUACGACAUCAAUAACGAGGAUAGGAUGCACAUCAGCGGCUACGAAGCUCACAAGGGAGGCGAUUUAAACGGCGAUUUCAACUUCAAGGCGUGCUGCAACAAGACCGACGGCAAGCGGUGGCAAUGCAAGAACGAGGCCGCGGACGGCCACUACUUGUGCGAGCAUCACCUGUCGCAGCUCAAGUCCUACGCCACUGCUGCUGCUGACGACGACGAGGAGGACAACGCCGACGACGACUCCGCUUCCAGAAAGCUGGACAAGUCCUCCGCCUCCACGGGCCGCCGCGGCGGCCGGCCGCGCGGAGCGAAGAAGAACUCCUCCUCCUCCUCCUCCUCCUCGGCGGUGGCGGCGGCGGCGAACUCGAGCCAGUUCUACUACUACUCCGGCUUCGGGCCGUCCUGGGGCAAGAGGCGGAGCGGGAGGGCGGGGGACCAGCAGCCACGGAGGCCGGAGGGGAGGGCGGCGAGGGGCGGUCCCCGGCCGGCCCCGCAGCGGAUCGGCGGCGGGCGGAUCGAUUACGUCGGUUACAACAUGGAGGACGAGGACGACGACGAGGAGGAGGAGGAGGAAGAGGAGGACGAGGACAUGGGGAAGAAGCGGACGAGGAAGCCGGUGAAGGCGCGAUCGCUGAAGUCGCUCAUGUGAAUGGGAUCCGUCGCCGUCGUCGGCGUCGUCGUCGUCGUCGUCUUUGGAUUUUGUAGACGGUGGUGGGUUUUUAUGGUUAUGGUGGUUGGGCUCGCUCGCUCGCUCGCAUUGCAGCUGGAGAUGAUUAUCGCGAAGGGGAGGAGGAUUGUAAGCGCUUUCAUCCUGCAGUGUUUAGGGUUAAGGGGAUUUUUCUCUGCUGAUUUUUCCAUUUUCUCUUCUUCGUUUUUUGUUUUUUUUUUUCUUUUUGCAAGGAGCGAAAAAAAAAAAAGAAAAAAAGAAAAAAAAAGAUGGUGGGGGCUGUGUACUCGAGCGGGUGAGGAUAGCGUUUCCUCCGCAAAUGCUAAUAGGAAUAGUGGGAAGGGAGGAGAUGUCUAGGGUGUGAACCGAGCAGACCCCGUUCAGCAACUGUUUUAGUCAAUCUAAGGACAAUCUCGUAAUUUCGAUC